CUGGGGAAAGUUGACCGACGUUAAGCCCAUUAAUGGCCCAAACUAGGUACCAUUUAAAAUUAGCAUAAUCAUUGACACGUCAUCAUAUUAAAGCAAAAUUUGUAUCCGCCGCCGCAUUAUCCAAAACCUACCGGCCGGCUGUUCAAUUCUGUAUCCUCAACCGCCGUCUAGUCUCUCAAUUGGUGAGCUUAUCUCUUCUCAUUUUCGCGUUUGCGUUUAGAGCGUUUGAAAUACGAUUGUAACACUGGAAAAGCAUUGCCGUUGUUGUCUCUGUAACAAAAUCGAGGUGUUAUGAAUAAAGAUAGGAUGAAUCAGUUGCCCGAAGCUUUAACUUUAAAGAUUCUGUCUUUUCUUCCAACAAAACUUGUCAUUGCCACGAGUGUUUUGUCUAAACAAUGGCGGUCUCUUUGGAAGUUUGUGCCAAAUCUUGAAUUCGAUUCUAAGGAUUGCGGCGAAAGUGAACACCAAACAUUUUCAGAGAGUGUUUCCAGGUCUUUCCUUUCACAUAAAGCUCCGGUUCUAGAGAGUUUGGAUCUCAGUUUAAGAUUAGAUGAAGUUAAUCCUGUAGAUAUCGGACUUUGGAUUGGAAUUGCGUUUGCUCGACAUUUGCGUGAAUUAGUACUCUGUGUUCGCCCGAAGCAGACCUUCACAUUUCCGAGUAGCUUGUGUACUUGUAACACACUUGAGACUUUGAAACUCAUACUUUUGAUUCUUGUAGAUAUACCUUCUCCGGUUCUUUUGAAAUCUCUUAGAACUCUGCACCUUGAUUCUGUGUGCUACAAAGAUGAAGCAUCUAUCCGUAACUUGUUAUCUGGUUACCCUAUUCUUGAAACUUUGGUUGUGUAUCGAGAUGAUUAUUAUGGUAAUGUUGUUAAUUUCGAUAUUGAGGUCCCAUCUUUGAAGAGACUUGAGAUUUAUGAUGACAGAUUUGGAGAAGGGUUUAGAAGAUAUACGAUUAACGUUCCCUCUUUGAAGUACUUGGCAAUCCAAGAGUUAAGGUUUUUUUUUUUUUCUCUGAAUGCACCGGAGCUGGUGGAGGCAUAUUUUAUUGGAGGUUCUUUUAUCAUCGCCGAUAAGUUUCUUGGAUCACUUAAGUCAGCCAAACGUCUUUCGUUGGAUUUAUUACCCUUGGAGAUUGGUCAGGGCUUCAAAUUCAUGCCACCUUGUAUUCAAAUUCGAUGCAUCGUAUGAUGUAUCAGACUCUUCUUAGCACAGAGAGCCUUUUGAUUUGACCGGUAAGAUCGGUUUUGAGUUCUUGGGUAUGGUGCUAGUCUUUGGGAGUUGAAACUUGAAAGUUCUUCUGAUGUUUAUCUAUCGUUAUGAUACAAUCAUCAGUUUUUAUGAUUUUGAGGAUCAAUAUAAGUCAAUAGUGAAGAUCAAGAUGAUUUUUUUUUCUACUGUUCCAUACAAUGUUCUGUUUAGGGGCAAAACACUUGAUAUAGUAAAAGGAGGGUUAAGAAAUGAUUGACACGUGGAGGGUGGAGAUUAGAACUUGGGCUCAACGGUGGAGAUCAAGUGCAGAGGAGAAUCGUGUAAAACAGAAGCAAAUCGGAUUUGGGAUCAUUAUGCGAAAAUUCUGAAAUUGUAAUCUUCUUCUUCUUCAUUUGUUCUCUGUUAAUUCUGAGAAUUCUCCAUGAAUUCUCUUGGUUAUCUCCUCAUUGUAGCUUGAGCUGUUUCUUCUUCUAUGCUCUAGUGAUUUGAGAAGUGAAUCCUCGUUUUAUGAACGUUGAUUCAAUCUAUCUUUUGAUUU